AUGGCACGGUUUCUACACUCCAGAUUGUCCUCAGGCAUGUACAAAGUGACUUGGAGACAACUGCUGGUCCUCUGUGUAUGUGUCCUAACUGGACUCAUCUACUUCUCUCAAGGGAGGAGGUUAUCAGCUGUACGUCUUCAGCCAGAGGAGGUGAGGACAACAGCAGAAGAGGAGCAGCACCUCUUCCCCGUUACAACUCUUUGGGGUGCUCCUUUGGUUUGGGGCGACAGUGAGCCCUCUGUGUGGCGUAGGGCUGAGUUUUCCCAUCAUGCAUUUCGCGUGGGGCUGGUGGUCCUUGCCGUUGGCCGUUACGUCCAUUACCUGCAGGGACUCCUCUCCUCUGCCGAACUCAACUUCUUGCCUGAGGUUGCUGUCACUUACUACAUCCUAACUGACAGCCCUCGCCAGCUCGAUCCACCUCCAUCCUUGGGACCUAUGAGGAAGUUGAGGGUGAUACCUGUGGCAGAGAUGCCCGGCUUGAAGAGGCUUGCCCUGCGGCGAAUGGACCUACUAGCCAAAUUCAUUAAGGAGCAGGUCCAGUGGGAGGUGGACUAUGUGUAUUGCAUGGAUGUGGACCAGACGUUUACAGGCCCAGUAGAGACAGAAAUCCUGGGCAAGUUGGUUGCCACGUUGCAUCCUGGGUUCUACAACAAACCUCGUCAGACUUUCCCCUAUGAGACGGACAAAGAGUCAGCGGCCUUUGUUUUUGAGGGAGAGGGUGAUUACUACUAUACCUCAGAGUUUUAUGGUGGCCUGUGCAAAAGGGUGUUAGCCCUGGUCCAGUCCUGCUCUCAGCUCAUACUUAAGGAUGAAGAGAGAGGCAUCCAUGCCCGGAUACUGGAGGAAAGCUAUUUAAAUCGCUAUUUAAUCAACAACAGACCCACCUGUGUGUUGUCACCUGAAUACAGCUGGUGGGAGUCCCAGAAUUCUCCUAAUGUACCCACUCAAAGAAUCCUCUCACUUGGAAGAAAAUGUGGACCACUGAGCAAACUGAACGAAGAUACACAAGCUUGCUGA